AUGGUGGUUUUUAAAGAUGUUCACCAUUUAAGAAGGGUCUGCAAAAACUUAACAAACAACAACACGGACAAGCGCCUACAGGAUUUCUUUUUUCAAAGAACAUAUCGGUUGUGGUACAACGAUUCAACACAAUAUGUGUAUUAUCUAUUGAGUGCUGUAACGAUCGGCGUUAGUGUCGUGGUCGGUUUCCAUGAAUUGGAUGGUAACCCUGACGUAACGGGGAGGUCUCGCCACGCAAGGUUGCAACUUCCAGAUAGACUUAUGUUACAUGCUCACGCAAUCCCCUACUACAACCAUUCUUUAAGGAAUUUCGCGAUGCGCUUUACUGCUUCACUUGUGGACAAUGAGCAUGACUACAGUAAAGAGACGACACAUGGUAAGGCCGUCAUUGCAUUAAUAGUCCAUUAUUUACACACGCAAACAUUGAAUGCAGCCUAUCGUCCGAACCGCGCUAAGCACUACGGGAGGUACCCUUUGGUUUUCAGCGCACCCAAGUAUUUCGUGGACUGUCCAGAAUAUGACAGCACCCUGCACAAGAAUGUGGAAAACAGAUACAAGGUUGGUAGUAAUGAGCAUAGAUAA